GUUGAUUUGCCGGUUAUGACGUAGUGGGGUUAAAGAAGAAAUAUUUUUGUUGCUGACGCGUCAUCGUCCUCUUUCGGGUGUCUUCCUUGCAUGGUGUUGGGUGUUUUGCCGGUGUUUAUAUCUAUUGUUAUCUUGUGGUAAACAACACCAGUAAAGUCUUUUAACGUUUUGAGUUCAAAAGUAGAACUAAAUCCACAAUGGAAAACGGACAAGAUUUUUCAUCGGACGUUACCGCUGAACAAAGUCAGCAAAAUGGCUCUGGUGAUGCCCCACAAGCCGACAGUGGAAGUGCCGAUACCCCUGGACGAGAUGAUGAUAGGAAAUUGUUUGUCGGUGGCAUGAAUUGGGAAACAACUGAUAAGGAACUUCGUGAACAUUUUGGACAAUAUGGUGAAAUUGAGAGCAUAAAUGUGAAAACUGACCCAAACACUGGCAGGUCUAGGGGUUUUGCAUUCAUUGUUUUCAAAUCUACUGAAACAUUGGACAAAGUGGUAGCAGCAGGUGAUCAUAUCAUCAAUGGAAAGAAAGUUGAUCCAAAAAAAGCUAAAGCUAGACACGGUAAAAUAUUUGUUGGGGGUUUGUCCACAGAUCUCACUGAUGAUGACAUAAAAUCCUACUUUGCACAAUUCGGAACGAUAGUGGAAGUUGAGAUGCCAUUUGACAAAACUAAAAACCAGAGGAAAGGCUUCUGUUUUAUCACAUUCGAAUCUGAACAAGUCGUAAAUGACUUACUCAAGAGGCCUAAGCAAACCAUUAAGGAUAAAGAGGUUGAUGUAAAGAAGGCUACACCUAAACCCGACCAGAUGGGUGGCCCAAUGAUGGGUGGACGUGGAGGUCGCGGUGGCCGUGGCGGUGGUAUGCGUGGAGGUAGGGGAGGCCGAGGAGGUUAUGGGUCUCAAAAUUGGAACCAAGGUUAUGGAAGCUAUGGAGGAUAUGGACAAGGUUAUGGCUAUGAUGGAGGCUAUAAUCAGGGUUAUGACUAUUACGGAGGUGGAGGAUACGGAGGUUAUGGUGGAUACGAUUACUCCAACUAUGGCAAUUAUGGUGGCUCAGGUGGUUACCAGGGCAAACCUGCAGGUGGUAGAGGAGGCGGUGGACAACGCCAACAGAGGCACCAACCCUAUUAGAGAGCUGUAGGAAAUGGUGACUAUUCUAAUUUACCGGUAUAAUCAUCUCAUGUUCAAACUGAAUUUUCCAUUCAUUCCAUUUCAUCUUGGCGCUUGGAAAAUAUUAACGUACAAAAGUUUAUGUUCGUCGCAAAGCGAAUGCUAAAUAAAGAGUUCUUUUUAUUUUUUGAUAAUGGAAUAAAAGUCAGAGAGUCCAAUUGAUAUUGUUGUUUAUCAAGUUUUUGUAUUAUGUCAAUAUUUAAUUUAAUAGUCUGUGAACUGUAGUUUUAAGUUUAUGUCUUUGUCAAGAAUGUUAGAGGUGUUGUGUACUUCUGAAGUAUGACAAAAUUCAUUCUAAUACAAGUUUGUGUACA